CAAAUUCUCAACGGAUUUGCCUCAACAGUGCACCCCACAAACUUUGUAAACAAAACGAUUUAAAGCGGCAGCGGCAGUUGUUUUUUAUAUUCCGUAGUGCACAGUGACUGGAUAGCUACAGGCAAUCUAACUUACGUGUCCUCUAAAAUCAAUUAUUAUUGUAUGACGAAAUUACGGUUGUUUUAUUUAUGUUAUUAUUAUUUUAUAUACGAGUAAAAUUCUUCAAUUUUAAAAGCAAUUUUCUAGAACCAUGACAGGUAAGUAAAAAUAUAUAAAUAUAUAGUGGCAUUUACAUAUACAGGGUGUCCUAGAAAUAAAAUUAAUAUUAACGAGUAUUUAACUCAAAGCAGCAGCUUUCCCAUGAAACAAGAAACUUUACAAUAUAUUUCAACAAAGUUGUAUUCAAUUUAAUUAUGUAAUUAAGGUCAUUGCGAGUCUGCUAGAAUAUUUCAUAUCGAUGCUUUAACUAGAAAAUUCUUGGAUGGCCAUUAUAACUUUGUCGCAAAUUUGUUGCGAACCAGCCUUCUGCAACUUUACAAUUUUAUUUGUAAACUUAAAAACUUAAGUGCAUCUGCACGGGGAUUACUUUAGAAAUUUCUGCCACUCCCUAUUAUAAUGACCGCUAUAUACCUGCACGUUUUGUUAAAUAAGGACCCUCCAAUCAAAACUGGAUUUCGGUACACGUGCGGCAAGUCGACAACUAGCAGCUGUUUCACAUGGAUCAUCAGGACGAAUAUCCAGGGCCAGGGACCAUUCAUUUAUUUAUACCAAAUUUGUGUACCAAAUUCUACGGACGCCCAUGUGAAUUGUUCAUAAAACCAAAUGGUAUAAAAAAACAUAUUCGGUUAUUCGUCCUGACCACACGAUAUGCAUGUGAAAAACGUCGCACUCGUCGCAGAUCGCGGUACGCGGUGUAAACAGACAGGUCGACGCCAGUCUUAUGGAGAAGAAAUUCGACAAAGUUCAAAACAAAAGAUGUAUUUUAGCGACAAUUCUGAUGAAUAUGUCACAACUGCCAGUCAAGAUGAAAGAAUUGAUGAAAACCUGCGGCAAGAAAAAGAAAAAGAAAAGUCCGAACAAGAUUUGUUAGAAUCUCAAAGAAAGGAGGUAUUUGAGGAGGCGUUUCAAGAGAAGAUCCACGAAAUUUUCCAACUACCCGGACUGACGUUUUUGAAAUUCACCCACGUGAAGAUCAAAUUUUGUUUUGAACCCUGUAAGGUUGUGACACUCGUCAAAAAGGACGUAAAAUUUUAUUGCAGCCUCGGGUAUAAUAAAAAAUUUAAAUUUUGGUCUGUACGACGGGAUUCUUUUCCUGUUAAUUACAAACUGAGGAUUUACAAUAUUUUUUAUGGUGGCCCAUUUUCUGUGACGGAUGAAACCGUGCAGGACGCAAUUUAUCGCACUUACAUAAAAUUGGAAUUGUGGGCAAAAGAGGAGGAAACAUAUCGCCAGCAAAAAUUUUUGAAAUAUCAAAAUGAUGAGGACGUCGAACUAGAUUCGGACGACGAGGAGUUAUUUUUGACCGAGGAUGAAAGAAAAGAAUUACAAGCCAAAAGAGAGAGGGUGUUGAAGAGAAUGGUAAUUCCUACAGACCCGAAACUGCUAGUGUUACCUCCAGAACGCCCCAGAAAGAAAAGAAAGAGAAAGAAACGACAGCAUUCGGCAUCUCCAGAACGUGCUCCUCCUCUGAAGGCAAUGAGGCGACCAAGGAGAGUUACUAUGACGGAUUCUGAAUAGUACAAUUUCCAUUGUGAUAUUUAUUACGAAAAUGUAGAGCGACCACAUUACAUUGUUGCCAAUUGUUACAUUGUGACGGUAGUAUUUGGCAAUUUGUAACUCGAUUAUGUAUAAAAGGAAAAAGCAACACAUCCAUUUCACAUCUAUUGAUUAUAUUUAUUUACUUAUUUAUAUUUAAAUGUUUGUUGUCAUCGGUGUACAUAAUACGUAUAUUACAUUUUUCGAUUGUUAUAUUGUCUUUAUAUAUGAUUAUUAUGCUUUGUUGAUAUUUAUUUAUUUAUAUUUAA